AUGUUGGCUUGGAAUCUGCAAGCAGAGGAAACAUCUCUCCAUCCUGAGAGUCCAUCUGGUGUGUUUCACCUCAAGAGUGGAUUUCUUAAGAUCUCAGAAGACUCCUGUCUGGAGUUCUGGUACCAUAAACCUAACAAGAAAAAUUCUGAACUCAAAGUUUUGCUAGAGGGUGAUAUUCUGCAAACAUUGAUUUGGACCUCAGAGACAUCUAGCAUUGGAGACUGGAGACAAGUCUUCAUCCCUCUCAAAAAGCAGUCUGACAAAGACAACAUCCAGGUUGUUUUUGAGCUAUUAAAAGGUCUGCAAGACGAUGAACAAACUGCCUUUGACAGAAUAGGAAUAUGGAAGGGACAAUGUGGGCCACAAUGUCAGCGAGGAGGCACAUUUUGGACUGAUAAAAGCACUCGCUGCACUUGCACUGAUGAGCAACUCAUCUGCUCUCACGUCCCUCGGUCCAAAGAUACUUUUGGCACCUGCCAUGUGGCCUCUGACCCACACUACACUACUUUUGAUGGGGUCAGCUUCCAAUUUGAGAGUCCUUGUACCUACGUCUUGUCAAAGGUCUGCGAUGACUCAGGGUUGCUUCCUGAGUUUGCAGUUGAGGUGCAAAAUGAGAAUAAAGGGGACUCGCACAUAUCCUCCAUUCAGCAAGUGAACAUCAAUAUACAUGGUCUGAGAGUGACCAUGGUGAGGGCAGAGAGGAGAAAAGUCAUGGUUAAUGGGAUUUGGAAAAAUCUCCCUCUACUCCUGCAAGGAAACAGAGUUACGGUUAAUGCCCAGGGAGAUGCUUUGGUCCUUCAGACAGACUUCAAACUGUCCGUCUUCUACUUGAGAUCCGGUGCUGUUCAGGUGAUUGUCCCCAGCCAUUACUCAAACAGAAUCUGUGGCAUGUGUGGCAACUUUAACCACGAGACAGAAGAUGACAUCAAGAUCCCAGACAGGUCACUGAUGCAGGACGCGCAUGUUUUAGGGCAGAGCGUGUGUGAGGAACCCACCCUCCCCAGUGUCUGUACAGAUGCAGAGGAGCAGAAGUACGCCAGCGAGGUUUACUGCGGCAUGCUAACAUCCAGACAAGGGCCAUUCUCAACGUGCUCAUCUGUUCUGAAUGCAGAUAGUUUCUUCCGAAGCUGCAUGUUUGAUAUGUGUACAACUCACGGAGAUCCCGCAGACCUCUGCAAUGCCAUUGAGGCCUUCAGUGCCACCUGCGACAAAGUUGGGAUCUCUGUUCUGGCCUGGAGGAACACAACAUUCUGUCCUGUGGUGUGUGGCCCUCACAGCCACUAUAACGCCUGUGCCAGCGGCUGCCCUAAGACCUGCUCCAGCCAGGAUGCUACAGGGUCUUGUGGGAUAUGUGAGGAGCGCUGUGAGUGUGACGAUGGCUUCAUGCUCAGCGGAGGAGCAUGUGUAUUAGCUGAAGACUGUGGAUGUUGGGCUAAUGGACAGCAUUAUUUGAUCAGAGAGACAUUUAUGGAGGGUGAAUGUGAGCAACAGUGCCAGUGUUUGGGCAAUGGGAACAUUCAAUGUUCACCUACAUCCUGCAAAGCUGAUGAAGUAUGCAUGGUUAAGGACGGAGUCUUGGGUUGCUUUCCAUCCAGCCCGGUGACCUGCAGAGUCUACGGUGACCCCCAUUACAUCACUUUCGAUGGCAAGGCCUACUCCUUCUGGGGCACCUGCAACUACACCAUAGCAAAAACCUGCGGGGUUACUGAAACCCAGUUCACAAUAACGGCACGAAAUGAGGGACAGAACAACUCUGCAACUUCCUCCCUUAAUUCUGUAGCUCUUGACAUGGAAGGCCUACAUAUUGUCAUCGGAAAGAACAAGCAGGUUUAUGCAAACGGUGGUCAGGUUCGCCUCCCGGCGGAGUUUGGUUCCUCUGUGUCUGUGUUUCAGUCGGGACCCUACGCUCAGGUUAAUACAAACUUCGGUCUGAGGCUGCUGUUUGGAAACGCCAGGCUGUUCGUCCAGGUGGAUGAACGCUACAGAGGAGUAUUGUGCGGCCUGUGCGGUACCUACUCCGGGAGUCAGUUUGACGACUUUCUGACACCCGACGGCAACACAGUGGCGAAUCCGCACGAGUUCGCCAGCAGCUGGAAUACCGACGACAGCGAUUGGCCUUGCAGUAAUGGCUCUCCAGACCCCCCUGAGUGUCAUCCAGACCUGGAGAAUGAUGCAUAUACAAAGUGCAGUGAACUGUUUGAAGAUGCUUUCAAAGAGUGCCACUGGUUUGUUCCACCACAGAUUUAUGUCAGCAGCUGCGUUUCUGAUUAUUGUAUUUCCAAGGGUGACAAAGCUCAGCUCUGCACCUCUUUGGAGGACUAUGUGUCUGCUUGUGAAAUAGCUGAGGUGUUUCUGCCAGACUGGAGGAAUCACACCUUGUGUUUUGCCGAUCCACUGCCAACAGAUGACCCCACACCAACUCCAUCUGCAGCAAGUUGCCCAUGGAGCUGUAACUUUGACCAGGAUGAAUGUGACUGGGAACAACUUAUCCAAGACAGUUUUGAUUGGACCAGAUGGUCAGGGUCAACGCCAUCAAACUUCACUGGGCCAGCCGGUGACCACACCACAGGAAGUGGCUAUUACAUGUAUAUUGAGGGGGAUAGUGUGUUUUAUGGCGACUCAGCCCGAAUAAUGAGCCCCGUCUGCCACACUUCUGGCAAGCAGUGUUUGAGCUUCUGGUUUCACAUGUAUGGCCUGGCAAAUGCUAUGUUACUCAACCUCUACAUAUUUGAGAACAAUCGUGCCUUAAAAAUAUGGUCUAGAACUAACAACCAGGGCAACAGUUGGUACCAAGGCCAGGUUGAAAUCAAACCACAACAGCCAUUCCAGAUCAUCAUUGAAGGCAUCAGGGGCUCAAAUCCUCUCUCAGAUGUGUCCAUAGAUGAUGUGUCCAUAAUGCAUGGUGCAUGUGACCAUUUGUCUGCAGAAGAUUUGGACUUGACCACUCUGGCACCCCAUCCAUCUACUCCAAACUUAAAGGACCCCCAUCCAAAUUGCAGGAUGAACUGCGAUUUUGAAAGUGACAUCUGCAGUUGGACUCAAAUGGUGACUGAUGUUUUUGAUUGGACAAGACACAAAGGCUCCACCCCCACAUCAAUGACUGGUCCCUCCUCUGACCACACAACAGGAAGUGGGUUUUAUAUGUACAUUGAGGGUGACAGUGCUGUCCAUGGCGACACGGCCCGUCUACUCAGUGCAGAAUGUGCUGAUCCUCAACCUCAAUGUCUUCAGUUCUGGUAUCACAUGUAUGGCUCCAGCUGGACCAUGGGACUGAGCGUCUUCCUGCUGCAAUAUGGCAAUGUGGCAAAAGAGGUGUGGAGAAUGAGAGAAGACCAAGGAAACAUGUGGCAUCUUGCACGGGUGGACCUGAGACCAGAUGUUAAGUUCCAGGUGAUCUUUGAGGGGCGUAGAGGAAGCUCAGCCUGGUCAGAUGUUGCCAUUGAUGAUGUCUCACUGCACAGAGGAUCCUGUAGCGAUUUACCAAUCCAGGUGGCUCCACCUUCAGUCCUAUUGCCACCAGCUGCACCAAUCCAACGUAGAGAAAUUCCAAACGCUUCAGCUUCUUGUGGCAUCAACUGUGAUUUUGAAAGAGACAUUUGUACUUGGACUCAGUUGGCGACUGAUGUUUUUGAUUGGACAAGACACAGAGGCUCCACCCCCACAUCAAUGACUGGUCCCUCCUCUGACCACACAACAGGAAGUGGGUUUUAUAUGUACAUUGAGGGUGACAGUGCUGUCCAUGGCGACACGGCCCGUCUCCUCAGUGCAGAAUGUGCUGACCCUCAACCUCAGUGUCUUCAGUUCUGGUACCACAUGUAUGGCUCCAGCUGGACCAUGGGACUGAGCGUCUACGUGCUGCAAUAUGGCAAUGUGGCAAAAGAGGUGUGGAGAAUGAGAGAAGACCAAGGAAACAUGUGGCAUCUUGCACGGGUGGACCUGAGACCAGAUGUCAAGUACCAGGUGAUCUUUGAGGGGCGUAGAGGAAGCUCAGCCCGGUCAGAUGUUGCCAUUGAUGACGUCUCACUGCACAGAGGAGCCUGUAGCAAUUUACCAAACCAGGUAGCUCCAUCUUCAGUUCCAUUGCCACCAGCUGCAACAAUGCCACAACCUGCACCCAUCCAAACUGCAGAAAUACCAAACACCUCAGCUUCUUGUGACAUCAACUGUGAUUUUGAAAGAGACAUUUGUACUUGGACUCAGUUGGCGACUGAUGUUUUUGAUUGGACAAGACACAGAGGCUCCACCCCCACAUCAAUGACUGGUCCCUCCUCUGACCACACAACAGGAAGUGGGUUUUAUAUGUACAUUGAGGGUGACAGUGCUGUCCAUGGCGACACGGCCCGUCUCCUCAGUGCAGAAUGUGCUGACCCUCAACCUCAGUGUCUUCAGUUCUGGUACCACAUGUAUGGCUCCAGCUGGACCAUGGGACUGAGCGUCUACCUGCUGCAAUAUGGCAAUGUGGCCAAGGAGGUGUGGAGAAUGAGAGAAGACCAAGGAAACAUGUGGCAUCUUGCACGGGUGGACCUGAGAUCAGAUGUUAAGUUCCAGGUGAUCUUUGAGGGGCGUAGAGGAAGUUCAGCCCGGUCAGAUGUUGCCAUUGAUGACGUCUCACUGCACAGAGGAGCCUGUAGCGAUUUACCAGACCAGGUAGCUCCAUCUUCAGUUCCAUUGCCACCAGCUGCAACAAUGCCACAACCUGCACCCAUCCAAACUGCAGAAAUACCAAACACCUCAGCUUCUUGUGGCAUCAACUGUGAUUUUGAAAGAGACAUUUGCACUUGGACUCAGUUGGCGACUGAUGUUUUUGAUUGGACAAGACACAGAGGCUCCACCCCCACAUCAAUGACUGGUCCCUCCUCUGACCACACAACAGGAAGUGGGUUUUAUAUGUACAUUGAGGGUGACAGUGCUGUCCAUGGCGACACGGCCCGUCUCCUCAGUGAAGAAUGUGCUGAUCCUCAACCUCAGUGUCUUCAGUUCUGGUACCAUAUGUAUGGCUCCAGCUGGACCAUGGGACUGAGCGUCUACCUGCUGCAAUAUGGCAAUGUGGCCAAGGAGGUGUGGAGAAUGAGAGAAGACCAAGGAAACAUGUGGCAUCUUGCACGAGUGGACCUGAGACCAGAUGUCAAGUUCCAGGUGAUCUUUGAGGGGCGUAGAGGAAGCUCAGCCCGGUCAGAUGUUGCCAUUGAUGACGCAUCACUGCACAGAGGAGCCUGUAGCGAUUUACCAAACCAGGUGGCUCCACCUUCAAUCCCAUUGACAAAACCUGUACCCAUCCAACGUAGAGAAAUUCCAAACACUUCAGCUUCUUGUGUCAUCAACUGUGAUUUUGAAAGAGACAUCUGUGCUUGGACUCAGUUGGCGACUGACGUUUUUGAUUGGACAAGACACAGAGGCUCCACCCCCACAUCAAUGACUGGUCCCUCCUCUGACCACACAACAGGAAGUGGGUUUUAUAUGUAUAUUGAGGGUGACAGUGCUGUCCAUGGCGACACGGCCCGUCUCCUCAGUGCAGAAUGUGCUGACCCUCAACCUCAGUGUCUUCAGUUCUGGUACCACAUGUAUGGCUCCAGCUGGACCAUGGGACUGAGCGUCUACCUGCUGCAAUAUGGCAAUGUGGCCAAGGAGGUGUGGAGAAUGAGAGAAGACCAAGGAAACAUGUGGCAUCUUGCACGGGUGGACCUGAGACCAGAUGUCAAGUUCCAGGUGAUUUUUGAGGGGCGUAGAGGAAGCUCAGCCCGGUCAGAUGUUGCCAUUGAUGACAUCUCACUGCACAGAGGAGCCUGUAGCGAGAUCACGAUCUCAGACACGCAUGGAAAUUCUGACAGCAUAAGCAAAAAUAACAUGAUAAAGCCAAUCGAGGAGGUGGCAAAGAAAGAGAGCUGGAAAGCAACAGAUGACAAAAUCACAGCAAGACGGAGGCGGUCCCUGCUGUUUAGGGAACAUUCCUGGGCUUGAGAUGAAACACUACGAGGCAACCCAUUAGCUGAAAGCACCUGUCAUUUGUCAGUAUGAACCCACUCAACAUCAUAGCUCAUGAACUACUCAGACCAGUUUUAGCAAGAUCAUUUGCUGUGUAAGUGUUGUUUACCUAGGAAGUAUCUCUUAUCACCUCUAAUGUAGUCAUUUCAUAUUAUGAUUUACACAUAACACCAUUGAAAGGUAUGGCGUUUUCCUCUAAUAUCACAGUGGUUUUUCUUCCUCAAGUUCACAUGUCUCUUAGCAGAGUAAGCACAUUAUAUUAACUAUGAGAAUGUCCAUACAUCCACAGAACAUAUGAAUACUUAUUUUAAUUUUCAACAAUCAAUCUAUUGUUUUAUCAUUUAUAAAACUAGCUAACGUCUUUUUGCUGAAUGUUUUAUGUG